GUUCAAGUUCAUGAAUUGGGAUGUGAAGGUUGCUCAAAGAGUUAUGUUUUCCGAGGAACCAAGGACUUGAACUCAAAACAGAUACAGGUUAGAUUGGGAUUGGAUUUCUGCGAUAUGCAGGUGUCUACGCGUGGUUAUAGCGCUGCUCUUUACCACUGAGAAUAGUUAACUGCUACUGUGGUAGGUAGAGGGUAGGGAACUUAGGUCCUGUUUAUAUGAUGCUUGUUUUAUCCAAAUUUCACGAGAAACCAUCGUAUUACAUACGUAUUACAGUACUAAUGUACUGUACAUUAAAAUGUUCGAGACAAUUGUGGUUGCAACUUCAAGGGCGGAUUUUCAUUUGUUUAAAAGGAGGGGUAGAAAUAUCUCUGGUGGGUUGCAAGCAGUACCACUCGGUGAGCUUCGGUAGGCGUUUGGUUUAAAGCCUUUCACACAAAAUAGGAGAGGUGAAGCGAAAUUUUGGUGGGGUUGGACACUUUAUUAGAGGGAUUAGAGAGAUUCUAGGGGGGGGUGGGUUAACCCCCCCUCCCCAGUAAAUCCACCCAUGUCCAACUUACGUUAAUAGCGAAUCUUCCAUUGACAAAGUUUUCCUGCCUUUGUUACAGUAAUAUCAAAUUAUACAACGCUAACGGCUUUAAAAUUUCACUCAACUGUAUAAGUUAUGCCAUAUUUUCCACUCGAGCUCAACUCGUACUUUAUGUAUAGCGCGGCCGCCAUAUUUAUUUUGUUUUGAAGCAAUCUGUGGCUGUUACUUGAGGAUUGCUCUAAACUGAUUGGUGGAUUUUAGGUCGUAUUGUUUUCCACCAGAUCAGUUUGUUACAGAUUUUUACAAAACUAAGUAAAAAAGUGUUCUAAUUUCAAUUACCGGACAAAACCCGAAAUUAGUCCACUUUUCUAACUAAAUGUUUAGUUUGAGUCAUGUUAAAUUACCAAAAGCUGUUUGGGUGUUAUUCACAACAUUUAAGCUGGGGAGGGCGGUCAUGAAGUACAUUAACUUUGUAGCAUUUCAAGUAAUGCAUGGUCUUAACAGAACCUCAGUGAUAAAAAUGUUUGAAACAGAUUUGAAGAAGCUCGUUCAUUUGUAGUUUAUUCUCUUACCAUAUUUUAUCUGUUUAGCAAAUGCUUGGGUUAGGUGCUGGUGCUCGCCAACCCAAUGCUCAAGCUGGUGCUCGUGGGCAGAUACCAUCACAAGGCAAUGAUAUUUUUAACAGGUUGGUACAGUACAUGUUUGUAUGCAUCCUUUUCUACACAUAAACAACGUGAUCAGAUGUAUAUUGUAGUUACUUUAGCAAUUUUCUCAAUCUUCAGGGUUUUACUUAUCAGGUGGUAAACGGUAAAAUUUACCAUUUCCACGACUGCUGAUUACCACCUGGAGAACUGAUUACCGCCUUGUGUACAUUGUUAAGAAAUAAUUAGUUGUGCAAAAAUCCUAUAAUCAAUCCGGUAUUGCUGAAAUUCCACACUAAUAAUGUGUUAGUAUCGAUUCAAAUUGAAUACAGAAAUGUCCUAUAAAACCCGAUCGAUUAAGACAAUUUUUUGCGGGAUAUUUAUAUUACAACAAGACGCUCUAUUGAGCGUUAGUCGCUGGGGCUAUUGCAUAUUACGCUGCAUGUGAUUGAGAUUAAGACUGCUUCACUGCUAUAAAUUGUUUUUGUCAAAAAUGGGAUUCAAGGAAAAUUAAAACAAAGUUCAUCAAACAAGUCCCCGGACUAUAGACGAUAAACAAAUUUGUCUAAGUUUGGUUAUAUCCAAUUCACAACUUUACAUAAGUCACAUGCCUAAGUAUCAUUGUUCUAUUGUACUGAAGCAUAGAGUAGAACAAAGAUAACUAAGCUUUAGAAUUAUCUAGCUACAUGAAUGAAUGAAUAAGUGUAUAAGGCUUAUCAAAUGCUUAGUUACUUCUGUUCAAUUCUAUGUGUAAACUAUUGCAGAACACUAACUAGGCAUGAAUAUUUAAAGUUGUGAAUUGCAUAGCAACAAUGUAACUAACUUUGCCAAAUUUAUCUACUAUACAAAUUAAUAUGUUCUGUGUGUUUGAAUUGUACAAUACCUAUUGUGAGAUAACAGCUGUCCUGAGAGCUUUUAAAAUAUCAUUUGCCAGCAAGGCAAGAAGCUCUAUUAAACCCUUCUCCCAUUAAGCAGAUUCUAUUUACAUCUAAAUAAACAGCAACUUGCGAAUAUUAUUGUUGCAAUUUACGAAGUUCCAACUUUGUGAAAAUUGUGAACUUUUGUCGUAUAUUUCAGGCUUCCAGCCCUCCAAGUUUACUCAUAUAAGAUGAAUUUCGGUUUAUAAAGUCUGGCUGAUGGGAAAACUAUUAAGUUUCAUCGAAAAAAUGAAGAAAAUAUGCACAAAAUCGAUGAAAUUAUUUCCAAAUACGCUCCCAAGUAAGCGGCCAUCUUGAAUCCAGCGACUGAAAGUAAUGACGUAAUGUUUGACAAAAAAUGACGUAGGUCAUUUUGUGACCAACAAUCCGCGAUGAAGCCGAAACCUAUAGUCGCUGGAGGCACAGAGUGCCCCAGCGACUAAUUAACGCAGCGUGGGCCUGGGGACUGAGUAAUUAAAUAACCAGAAAUAUUUAUUUAUUUAAUAAGGCUUCUUCUUAAUAAACACGUGUAGACGGUGUGUUUAGAAUAUAAAGAUUCUCAUGCACUCGAUUGAAUAGUUGAAGGGUAUGGUAUAGAUGGAAAUUAUUGAGUGUAAAUUUUAUAUACAUUUAUUAUACCUGAGCAGGAACAGCUGCGAGAAAUGAAACUGUACGUCCUCUGGCAGGAAUUGAACUUGCGACCCUGCGAUUCCGGUGCAGCGCAGGAACAAUAUUGUAAAAUUUGGUUGGAAAAAUCUUCAACUUUUAACAAUGAUAUUUUCAGAGAAUACUGUCUGUGAAAAUUUUUCUUGAAAAUGGAAAUGGGUCUUAACCAACUGAGCUACAGAGUCCAGUUGUCGAGUUGUGACCACAAGUUCAUUGUAAAAAUCUUUAGUAUUCUAUAAUAGUUUCGAAAUGCAGGAAAUGCCAUUUCAGAGACUCACAAUUUUCCGGUGGUAUGCCUCGGACACCCUAGAAAUUUGUAGGUACGACAUGACGCUUAUACCUGUUUAAAAACCUGUUUUACCUGUCCCGCUUACAACUGUCGAGAACCCUGAUCGAGUUUGUAUAUCAGAUACAGAUCGGCUGCUCAUGUUUUAUCUAGUAUACAGUGUACUUACACAACAUAUCAAAACUUCCAAAAGGGACAAGCUCAACUCUCAUUGUUAUUCCACUUAAUUUUCUAGAUUUUUGCAACCAGUGCAUAAAUGUGAUAUGAGUCUGACAGAUUUGCUGGGUGAACUACAGCGAGAUCCAUGGCCAGUGAGUACUGGAAACCGACCAUUAAGAUCAACUGGUGUUGCCAUGUCAAUUGCUGUUGGGCUGCUUGAGGUAGGUAGAAUAAAUACAUCAGUUUAAAUUAACUUAGGCCGCGUUUACACUACGGUUAACACUCCGAGCCAUUAAAAAAAUUUACUGCGUUUCUAGUAUUGAGACUAUAUUGUGUUUACACUAUAACGGAGUGGUUUGCCGUAGCGUAUUAUCUACGGACCCUACAUUUGCCACUCUGAAUACAAAUCAAUUUCGUUAAAAAUCCACGUGUCACUACGUUUCUUAGUAUUGUGUUUACACUACAACGGUGUGGUUUGCCUAGCGUAUUAACUAUACAGAGCACUACACGUUUGGCACUCCGGAUGCAAAUUACUACGCUACUGGUAAAUUUGCCGUAGCGUCAUAGUGUAAACGCGGCCUUAUAGUUAACAGUCUGUCGAAGUGUGUGUUGAAAUUUAGAUAUGGGGGAUUCUCAAAAAUAAACUCUGGCGGCUCAAAAAUAUAUUUUCUGUACAAUUUACUAAUUCAGCUAUUUUAUUUUAUAUCUCAAAAAUAUUUAAUUUUCUAUAGUUCGCGUAUGGCAAAUAUAAAUUACAUCAAUAAAAGACCUGCAAAAACUAUUUACAGUAGAAGACAUUUAAACAUUUAAACGGUUUUACUCUUUAAUUAACAAAUAGAUUACGUUUUCCCGUUGUAUGACGUCCAUACUGUGUAUCUAUAUAACUGAACAGACAACGGGAAAAUGUAAUCUAUUUGUUUUAUAUAAUAAAAUUGAAAAAAUUGCCGAAUUAAACAGUUAAACAGUUUAUUUUUAUUCCCCCAAACAUUUGGAAGUCGAAAUUUUGCAAAUAUCACGCAUACAUGAUCUAUACAAAUAACGAAAUUCUAUUGGCUCGCUUAAGUCACGUGCUGAAUUUUGAUUGGCUAAGCUUAGAAUGCGCUAGACGGUAAUAAAUAAUGAAAAACUAAAAAUUUAUCAAAACAAUGAAAAAACAUUGUUUUAUAGGAAUAAAAACGUGUGAUAAAAAGGCAAUUAUUUUGUUCUGAACGACUAUGGUAAUUAAAAAGCACUUAAACAUUACCUAUGUUACACGAUGUGAAGAAACCAGCUUUGACAUCGACAGGGUCAAAUGACCGGAAUAGUAUUUGUUUUCGAAGACCGGAUUGGAUUUUGAAGUCGCAUCUGAAUGACUGAAUUGAGAUUUGUCGAGUUGCUAGCUUUUGUGAGUAGUUUUUGCACGUUUAUCGAAGGUAUUUAUUGAUGUUUAUAGAUUUAAUUGCAUGAAUUCAUUCAAUUUGUAUAACUUCAGUGGAAUUUUCAAGUAUUUUCGACAUUUUAAAAACUUGUGACGUAAUUCCGUGCGUCUGUCCUCUGAUAGAUCAUGACUCUCGACCAAUGAAAUCGCAUGAAUUCGUAAGCCGGUUACUAUAUAAAAAAUGCUUGUUUAAUAGGUUCGCUUAUUGGGGUAGAUGACCAUUGAGAGUCUAUUAUUGAAUCAUUAAAUUGCAUUAUUAAAAACUGGAUAAUUUUAUUAAAUGAUAAUAUUGUUGGUGUUAUAAUUUCAGUGUACGUACCCAAAUACUGGAGCCAGAAUUAUGACUUUCAUUGGGGGGUCUUGUACUCAGGUAAGAAUGUUCAUUAUAGUACAGUACAUACUCCAGAUUGGUUUACAGUACAGUGUAUAGCAUUGCAUCACAUUCCACAAUACCAUUUCACAUUUCGUUUCCAUUCCAUAAUAACACAGUGGCAACUGGCAAUAUGUCCUAAAUUUGCCUUUUUCAAAUGUUUCUCAAAAGUGCGUAAAAGCAAUGCAAAAUUUGACCGUACGUCAUUAUGUACGCAACAACAAAGUAUACUUGACUGUAUUUACUGUAAACUAUGUUACAUGUAUAUUUCUCAAAUGAAGGAAGUAUGAUUAGAUAUAAUGAUUCCCUAGGUUCUCCCAUAACGUAUAUGAGGGAAAAUGUUCCUCAAAGUUCUUGCUAUCGGGUAUAUAUCGGGAAAAUUAUACCCAUAUUAUCGCUAUACCGGUUUUUCGCCUUUUAAAUUAGAUAGGAAAAUUCCUUAGUGGAAAUUUGGAGGAAAUUUUAAUUUUGGAUAAUUUGAAAAGUGGAAACACCAUUUAUGAUAAUUUCGAAGCUGUUGACAUUGUUUUUAACACGAAAUGUUUGCAUUUGAGUAAAACAAAAAUUGACGAUUUUGCCGUAUGCAUGGUGUGUAAUUUUGAUACGAUUAUUUAUACCGAAAAAUUCCAAUAUCUCGGAAAUUUCGGCAUAUUAGUAUGACUGAAGAACUCAUACCGAUAAACCGAUCUUGGUUUCAAUACCGAUAUUUUCGGUAUAUCGGUAUACCGAACAUUCCUAGUUCUUGCUAAGGUAAAUGUUGUACAGGAUUCGGACAUCCCACUUUUUUCCCUGCCUGGCAAUAUUUUAACGAAGUAUUGGUUUUUAGGGUCCUGGAAUGGUGAUAGACCACGAGCUGAAGAAUCCAAUCAGAUCUCAUCAUGACUUGGAGAAAGACAAUGCACCAUACGUGAGGAAAGCUUGUAAGGUAAAAUCAUUUAUGAUAGUAAAGUAUCGAGACGAGUUUGGCGCCAUAUUGUCAGUCAAAAGCCAAUAUGAAGCUAUUCAGUGUAUAAACAUUGCGAGACAAGUUGAAAAGAGGGAUAUGACACUAUGCAAAAAUGUUACACAUGAGCGUUGCAAAAAGUAGAACCUCAUUCUACUUCGUGCAGUGGUUGUUGCAACAAAAAUAUUGCGAGACUUGUUGAUUGCGAGGCCUGAUACACCUUCCAAUUUCGCGUGCAACUUGUGUCGCAACAAAAUUGCGAGACAAGUUUCGAGACAAAUUGCAUAGUGCAACAGCACCUUUAGGAAAGCAGUAAGAAUAUAUUCAGGGCUUUCAGAAUUAUUCUGAGUAGGUGUCUGUUUCGAUAAAGUAGGCGGCUGUUGGGAGGGGGCGGUCUACAGGUUGUCUAAAAAAACGUUAUGGAAAUUCAACAGGCUGUCGUGCAUCAUAAACGUGACUAAACAAUUCAAUUUUUACAUAGGACGAAAGAACAGUUAUUUAGCUUUUCAUUGAUACUCUUUUUAAAUCGUAACGAUGAGAAAUGGCCACAUACUCGUCAAAUAAAAAUUGCCAGUCGAAAUCACAUUCUUCCACCGUUGGGAAUUGCACGGAAAACGAAACAUAGACAAAUUCCCAAGAGUCAAUUAAAAUUGAAUGUUAAGUUAUCUGAAAAUGAGCUCAACUCGUCAAUCUUCGUCUUAGUGAGACAACAAGAAGUCCAUUAUUGCAUUAAACAUGGUUCAAUUAACCACUGAACAGAGAACACUCGUAGUAAUCAAACGUUUUACGAAACAAAAACCUUGCAGCAGGCUCGCGUUGCUUUUGGAUUAAUUAACUUUGCAUAAUUGAGCAUGCAAGUUGAAUUUCUUUAGCGGUUUUUUUGAGACACCCUGUACAUCUAAGGAGUCUUAAAGUCAUCCAAAUUAACUAGUGUAUAUUGCUUAGAUAGCAACACAACUGAGCUCUGUAACCAAAUUAUAAUGUAUCACUACUUUCAUUCUUCAACAAGAUGACUUCAAGAUUUAAGAUGGCAAUAACUAAAUCGGUUUUAAGAAAAAGUACGUCGUUUUCGAAAGUAACCAGGCAAUAAAGUAGACCAGGUUGAUGAAAAAUAACUUGAAAGUUUAAAGUGGAGGACGGAGAGCAGAAUUGAUAUUUCAAGUACUAAACAAAGUAACCGGCGGUAAACCUCGUGGCACCCACCGCAGCUCCGCCGGCCGCCGGCUUAUUUUGAAAGCCCUGAUAUAUUGCUAACACAGGUCGGGUGACUGCCAACUCUCAUACAGGAUUAUUGUGGGCAUCUCACUCUAUUUAACUAUACAUGUUGAAGUCUUUUCUGGAUCGAAAGUUCGAAUACAAAUUUUUAUACAUUCAUAUUAAAACCUACAGUAACCUGAAGUAGUUCUUCUCUUCAUUGUAGCAUUAUGAAACACUUGCCAAUAGAGCGGCAGAGAACGGUCACGUGAUCGAUAUAUUUUCGUGCGCGUUGGAUCAAACAGGUCUUUACGAGAUGAAAUAUUGUCCGAAUCUUACAGG